GACCGCUCAGAACAGUUGAAUGUGUUGCCGCGUCUCCCGCGCAGCGCAGAACGCACGGCGACCGCGGCCAAGCCACAGCGCAUCGAGUGCGCUCAUUAUAAUAAUCCUACUUAUCAAAAACAACAACUGUGGGUGUGCUAGUGAUAAAUCAAAGUGUUAAUGGAUUUAACACAGGAGUUGUACAUACAUAGUCGAUACAAAACAUUCGAUAGUGACACCGGUGAAAGUGAGCUUUCUAAACGACCGUAAUUAUUCCGUACUGAGUACUACUGAGAUGUGGUCCUUCAUGAAUACUUAGACAGCAUACAUGAGAGACAGCAAGGAGGUAAUGCAAGGAGAUAUACCCAAACUGUGUUUGCUGGUUGCUACACUGGCACUUGGGAGUGUGGCGGGAAGUGGCGGCGCCUGCGAGCGUGGCGUGAGCUGGUGGGACCGGCAGCGCGGCACCUGCGUGCCUUGCACCCGAUGCGACCCUGCCAAACGGCUGGUAGUCAGAUAUCCCUGCGAGAUCCACAGAGACACUAUCUGCCAGUCGUUGUACGAGGCCCAGAUCUCUCCCUUCAAUACACCUAAACAGGUGCUUAAAAAAAACAAUGAAACGAGUGAACUGGUUCCCAGUGAUGAGGAGUACGAGUAUGUGGACUACGAUAGUGAAGUGACAUCUAGUAAUGGAGUGUCGUCGGACCUGCAAACGAUCAGCCUGACCGUGGCUGCGAGCGGCUGCCUCGUGUUCUUUGUCGUGGUCCUGGUGAUGUCUCUCUACCAUGCAAGGCAAUGGAGGGUCAUUAAGCGAGCGCUUAAAUCAGAUGUACAAGACUUAACAGCGAAGCUUAAAUUAAUGGAGGCUGGAGGUGAAACGGCAGCAACGCCGGUCGUGGCGACCGACCACCACAUCUACUGCAACAUUCACAACUUGAGCAAGGAGGCAUUGCUUGGAUCAAAUUCAACGAAAAAAGGAUUGGGCAAUGUGUACACACAGGAGAAGCACAACUCAUAAAACCACCGAAUCGUUUUACAGCAAGUCAACAGUACAAAUAUUUCUUAAUUAAUCUAUUAAUCUAAAUGACCUCGCACAUCAA